AUGGGAAAAUAUUUUCACAGUCGAUCGACCACUGUCCUCUGCGGCGUUUGCACUACUUGCCGAUCGUAUCUUCCUGAACAAAUUUUUUUUCUCUUUCUUUUUCUUUGCAACACUUUUCUUUUAGUUUAUACGUCUGUUUGUUUUUCUUUUUUUUUUCUAUCGCGUCUAGAUUUUUUUCUCUUUCUUUUUCUUUGCAACGCUUUUCUGUUAGUUUAUACGUCUAUUUGUUUUUCUUUUCUUCUGUCUUUCCCCCUCUCGCGUUUAGAUUGUUUUUCUCUUUCUUUUUCUUUGCAACGCUUUUCUCGUCUAGAUUUUUUUUCUCUUUCUUUUUCUUUGCAACACUUUUCUUUUAGUUUAUACGUCUGUUUGUUUUUCUUUCUUUUUUCUAUCGCGUCUAGAUUGUUUUUCUCUUUCUUUUUCUUUACAACACUUUUCUAUUCUUUUUCUCUUUCUUUUUCUUUGCAACACAUUUCUAUCGGUUUAUCCGUCUGUUUGUUUUUCUUUUUUUCUAUCUUUCCUCCUCUCUCAUCUAGAUUCUUUUUCUCUUUCUUUUUCUUUGCAACACUUUUCUAUCAGUUUAUCCUUAUGUUUAUUUGUCUCGUCUGUGUCUUUCUGAGUUUCUCUCUCUCUCUCUCUCUCUCUCUCUCUCUCUAUCUCUCUCUCUCUCUUAUCUAG